AGGAGGAGGGGAAACGGAGCAGCUAGCUCGGGAACAGAGAGCGCGCCCGGGAGCAGCAGCAGCCGCCGCAGGAAGGAGAGGAGAAGAGCAGAGCGGAGCAGAGCAGCGCGGAGGAGAGGCGGCGCUGGCAGGAGGAGGCAGGCAGGGACCCGGCUCUUCUGGAUGCUGGAUUUUCGGACUCUCGUUGACUCUCUCCUGCUCCCCGGCGCCGCACUGUGAGAGACACGCACGAGCGUCAGGCAGCAGCGGCGGGGCUUCGCUCGUAGCUGCUGCCGCUGCUGCUGCGGGGCUCGGAUUAAAUUGGCCGCCCCGGAGCCGAGCGGGAGCAGCGGGAGGAGGUGGCGGCGGCGGGAAGCAGCGGCAGGCGGGCGGGCAGCGGCGAAGGCUGCUGCUGGGACCGGGGGAGCCAGCAUGACCAGGCUCUGAAAAUACUUCCUCUGAAAUUUCAGGCUGGACAGACUCGCAGUGGCUUCUAAGCCAGUGAGAACAAGGCUGCCAAAGCAUGCUGGUGCCAACCUGUCGGAUGAUGCACGUUGUCAGGCCAAUGGUGGUGCUCCUGUGCUUGCUACUCUAUGCUGAUGCUGAAACACCACCAAAGUUUACAAGAACUCCCGUUGACCAGACAGGAGUUUCAGGAGGAGUUGCCUCAUUCAUCUGUCAAGCCACAGGAGAUCCAAGACCUAAAAUUGUCUGGAACAAAAAAGGAAAGAAAGUCAGCAAUCAGAGAUUUGAGGUAAUAGAGUUUGAUGAUGGAUCUGGAUCAGUUCUCAGAAUACAACCACUGCGCACACCACGAGAUGAAGCUAUUUAUGAGUGUGUGGCUUCCAACAGUGUUGGCGAAAUAAGUGUGUCCACGAGGCUCACUGUUUUACGUGAGGAUCAAAUUCCUCGAGGUUUUCCAACCAUUGACAUGGGCCCACAGCUGAAGGUGGUUGAACGAACUCGUACAGCUACCAUGUUAUGUGCAGCCAGUGGCAAUCCUGAUCCUGAAAUAACUUGGUUCAAAGAUUUCCUACCUGUUGACACAAGCAACAACAAUGGGCGCAUCAAGCAGCUACGCUCAGGUGCCCUCCAAAUUGAACUGAGUGAAGAAUCUGACCAAGGCAAAUAUGAGUGUGUUGCAACCAACAGUGCGGGUACACGCUAUUCUGCCCCUGCCAAUCUAUAUGUCAGAGUUCGACGGGUCCCACCGAGGUUCUCUAUCCCCCCCACAAAUCAUGAGAUCAUGCCUGGCGGGAGUGUAAAUAUCACCUGUGUUGCGGUGGGAUCACCAAUGCCAUAUGUGAAAUGGAUGCUAGGAGCAGAAGAUUUGACACCUGAGGAUGAUAUGCCAAUAGGGAGAAACGUCCUUGAGCUUAACGAUGUCAGACAGUCUGCAAACUAUACUUGUGUUGCCAUGUCUACCCUUGGUGUUAUAGAAGCAAUAGCGCAGAUAACUGUCAAAGCCUUACCCAAACCUCCUGGAACACCUGUGGUGACAGAAAGCACAGCGACUAGCAUAACAUUGACGUGGGAUUCUGGAAACCCCGAGCCGGUUUCUUACUACAUAAUCCAGCACAAGCCCAAGAACUCCGAGGAGCCAUACAAAGAAAUCGAUGGAGUGGCCACGACGCGUUACAGCGUGGCUGGGCUGAGCCCGUACUCCGAGUACGAAUUCCGGGUGGUUGCUGUGAAUAACAUUGGGCGAGGGCCGCCCAGCGAGCCGGUGUCAACCAGGACUUCAGAGCAAGCGCCUUCCAGCGCCCCACGCAGCGUGCAGGCCCGUAUGCUGAGCUCCACCACCAUCCUGGUGCAGUGGGAAGAGCCCGAGGAGCCCAACGGGCAGAUCCAGGGGUACAGAGUUUAUUACACCAUGGACCCCACUCAGCACGUCAACAGCUGGAUGAAGCACAACGUGGCUGACAGCCACAUCACCACCAUUGGGAAUCUCGUGCCCCAGAAAACAUACUCUGUGAAGGUUCUUGCUUUUACUUCUGUUGGGGAUGGACCACUUUCUAGUGACAUUCAAGUCAUCACUCAAACAGGAGUGCCUGGUCAGCCACUGAACUUCAAAGCAGAACCUGAGUCUGAAACGAGCAUUCUGCUUUCCUGGACACCUCCACGGUCUGACACCAUUUCCAGCUACGAACUGGUUUACAAAGAUGGAGAGCAUGGGGAGGAACAACGGGUUUCCACUGAACCUACGACGUCGUAUCGUCUGCAAGGCUUGAGGCCAAACAGCCUGUACUUGUUCCGCCUAGCUGCACGGUCUCCUCAGGGCCUGGGGGCUUCAACAGCAGAAAUCUCAGCCAGAACCAUGCAGUCAAAGCCAUCAGCUCCUCCUCAAGACAUUAGUUGCACAAGCCCCAGCUCCACUAGCAUUUUGGUAAGUUGGAAACCUCCACCGGUGGAAAAACAGAAUGGCAUUAUCACUGCAUACUCCAUCAAGUACACUGGGAUUGAUGGAGAAGAUGUCAAGCCCCAUGAAAUUUUGGGAAUUUCCUCGGACAGUACCCAGUACCUUUUGGAACAGCUGGAAAAAUGGACUGAGUACCGGAUCUCUGUGACUGCUCACACUGAUGUUGGACCUGGCCCAGAGAGCCUGGCAGUAUUGAUUCGGACAGAUGAAGAUGUUCCUAGCGGUCCUCCUCGCAAAGUCGAGGUGGAAGCUGUCAACUCCUCCGCUGUUAAAGUGUCCUGGCGCUCGCCUGUGCCCAGCAAGCAGCACGGACAGAUACGGGGGUACCAGGUCCACUACGUGAGGAUGGAAAACGGGGAGCCAAGGGGCCAGCCCAUGCUGAAGGACAUCAUGCUGGCAGAUGCUCAGGAAAUGAUAAUUUCUGGGCUUCAGCCUGAAACCACAUACUCUUUCACUGUGACAGCCUAUACAACUAAAGGUGACGGAGCACGCAGCAAACCCAAACUUGUAUCUACCACUGGUGCAGUUCCAGGCAAACCUCGGCUUGUGAUUAGCCACACACAGAUGAACACGGCUCUAAUUCAGUGGCAUCCUCCUGUGGAAACUUUUGGCCCGCUGCAGGGUUAUCGCCUGAAGUUUGGCCGCAAAGACAUGGAUACACUGACGACCAUGGAGUUCUCAGAGAAGGAAGACCACUUCACGGCCACAGACAUUCACAAAGGAGCUUCUUAUGUCUUCAGGCUCUCAGCUAGAAAUAAAGUGGGCUUUGGGGAGGAGAUGGUUAAAGAGAUUUCUGUUCCUGAAGAGGUACCCAGUGGAUUUCCCCAAAAUCUCCACUCGGAAAGCUCUACUUCUACAUCAGUUCAAUUAACUUGGCAGAUGCCCCUCUUGGCAGAAAGAAAUGGCAUUAUCACCAAAUAUACCAUCUUGUACAGAGAUAUCAAUGUUGCUUACCAGCCAGUUGAGCUCCCUGUUGUUCCUGCUGAUACCACUAUGACACUUUCUGGCUUAAAACCAGAUACCACUUAUGAUGUAAAAGUACGUGCCCACACAAGCAAAGGGCCUGGUCCAUAUAGUCCAAGUGUCCAGUUCAGGACACUACCCGUGGAUCAAGCAGUGUUUGCAAAAAAUUUUCAUGUUAAAGCAGUAAUGAAGACUUCUGUUUUGCUGUCCUGGGAAAUUCCAGAAAACUACAAUUCAGCUUUGCCUUUUAAAAUCCUUUAUGAUGAUGGGAAAAUGGAGGUUGAUGGACGUGCUACUCAAAAACUGAUCACGAACUUGAAGCCAGAGACGUCAUAUUCCUUUGUCCUGACAAACAGAGGGAAUAGUGCCGGGGGUCUUCAGCACAGAGUGACUGCAAAGACUGCGCCAGACGUGCUCCGCACAAAGCCAGUCUUCAUUGGAAAGACCAACUUGGAUGGCAUGAUAACUGUGGAGCUUCCAGAAGUACCCUCAAACGAGAAUAUAAAAGGCUAUUACAUAGUUAUUGUGCCUUUGAAGAGGUCUCGUGGAAAGUUUAUCAAACCCUGGGAGAGUCCAGAUGAAAUGGAACUAGAUGAGCUGCUUAAGGAGAUAGCUAGGAAACGCAGAAGCAUUCGUCUUGGGAGAGAAGUUGAACUAAAGCCAUAUAUUGCAGCUCACUUUGAAGUUCUUCCUACGGAAUUCACAUUGGGGGAUAAGAAGCAUUAUGGUGGAUUUGAGAAUAAACAACUGCAGAGUGGUCAAGAAUACGUCUUCUUUGUGUUGGCAGUAAUGGAGCACUCAGAAUCUACCAUGUAUGCAACAAGCCCAUAUUCAGAUCCUGUUGUGUCAAUGGAUCUUGAUCCCCAGCCAAUUACAGAUGAGGAAGAAGGCUUGAUUUGGGUUGUUGGACCAGUUCUUGCAGUGGUGUUUAUCAUCUGUAUUGUUAUUGCUAUACUUCUUUAUAAAAGGAAGAGGGCUGAAUCUGAUUCUAGAAAGAGCAGCAUACCCAACAGCAAGGAGGUCCCCUCUCACCAUCCCACAGAUCCAGUGGAGCUGCGACGCCUUAACUUUCAAACUCCGGCUUUGAGCAGUAAUUCAGUCCCCUACGCCUCCCUGAUUGGCUCUGUGUCCUCCCUCUCUAGCCAAACUACCACUCAGUCCUUAUAUGAUAAUAACUCUCUCCCACGAUUCGCUCGAAAAGGUAUGGCCAGUCAUCCACCAAUACCUAUCUUGGAACUUGCAGAUCACAUUGAAAGAUUGAAAGCAAAUGACAAUUUGAAGUUCUCACAGGAGUAUGAGUCUAUUGAUCCUGGUCAGCAGUUCACAUGGGAACACUCUAACCUGGAAGUAAACAAACCAAAGAAUAGAUAUGCGAAUGUAAUUGCAUACGACCAUUCUCGUGUUCUACUCUCAGCAAUAGAAGGCAUACCGGGCAGCGACUAUAUCAAUGCCAACUACAUAGAUGGAUACAGGAAGCAGAAUGCCUACAUAGCAACGCAGGGGGCACUGCCAGAAACCUUUGGUGACUUCUGGAGAAUGAUGUGGGAACAACGAGGCGCAACUGUUGUCAUGAUGACGAAACUAGAGGAAAGGUCCAGGGUGAAGUGUGAUCAGUACUGGCCAAGCAGAGGCACAGAAACUUACGGACUAAUCCAAGUGACCCUUUCAGACACUGUUGAAUUGGCAACAUACUGUGUUCGUACAUUUGCACUUUACAAGAAUGGCUCAAGUGAGAAAAGGGAAGUGAGGCAGUUCCAGUUCACUGCCUGGCCUGACCAUGGUGUCCCAGAACACCCAACACCAUUCUUAGCUUUCCUGCGACGAGUCAAGACUUGCAACCCACCUGAUGCUGGACCUAUGGUUGUGCACUGCAGUGCUGGAGUCGGCAGGACUGGCUGUUUCAUUGUGAUAGAUGCCAUGUUAGAGAGAAUAAAGCAUGAAAAGACUGUAGAUAUUUAUGGCCACGUAACUCUAAUGAGAGCACAGAGGAAUUACAUGGUUCAAACUGAGGACCAAUACAUCUUUAUCCAUGAUGCACUGCUGGAAGCAGUGACAUGUGGAAAUACCGAAGUGCCAGCCAGAAACCUGUAUGCAUAUAUCCAGAAGCUGACACAGAUAGAAACAGGCGAGAAUGUCACAGGAAUGGAGCUGGAAUUUAAGCGUCUUGCAAGCUCUAAGGCUCACACUUCAAGAUUCAUCAGUGCCAAUCUUCCAUGUAAUAAAUUCAAAAAUCGCCUUGUCAAUAUUAUGCCAUAUGAAUCCACAAGGGUAUGCUUGCAGCCUAUCCGAGGAGUAGAAGGCUCAGAUUAUAUUAAUGCCAGUUUCAUUGAUGGAUACAGACAACAACAAGCUUACAUAGCUACACAGGGUCCUUUAGCAGAAACAACUGAAGAUUUUUGGAGAAUGCUCUGGGAGCAUAAUUCUACAAUUGUGGUCAUGCUCACUAAGCUACGAGAAAUGGGCAGAGAAAAAUGCCACCAGUACUGGCCAGCGGAGCGCUCAGCCAGAUACCAGUAUUUUGUGGUAGAUCCAAUGGCAGAGUACAACAUGCCACAGUAUAUUCUGAGGGAAUUCAAGGUUACAGAUGCAAGGGAUGGUCAGUCCCGAACGGUGAGGCAGUUCCAGUUCACUGACUGGCCAGAACAAGGAGUGCCAAAGUCUGGAGAAGGAUUUAUUGACUUCAUAGGCCAAGUGCAUAAAACAAAAGAGCAAUUUGGUCAGGAUGGACCAAUUUCUGUUCAUUGCAGUGCGGGUGUUGGAAGGACUGGAGUAUUCAUAACCCUGAGCAUUGUGUUAGAAAGAAUGAGAUAUGAAGGUGUUGUAGACAUCUUCCAGACUGUCAAAAUGUUAAGGACACAGCGGCCAGCCAUGGUACAGACAGAGGAUCAAUACCAGUUCUGCUAUCGAGCCGCACUGGAGUAUCUGGGCAGCUUUGAUCACUAUGCAACAUAAAAACCCAUUGUGGAUUUUUAUUGCAGGCCCUUUAAGAUCCAGAGAGCCGCUUCUGAGCCAUACAAUGUGCUUUAGAAGUACUUCUUAACUCUUAGCUACGGAGCAAUUAUUGGGGAUAUAUAAAAUAAAAAAUAAUAAAAAAAAAAAAA